AAUAGGUCUGCGCAUUCCCUAAAGGCUUGCCUUGUGAUACGCCAAUGUCAGUACCACUUUAUCUGUCGUGAACUUUUUAAAAACCACUAUCUCUCCGCACUCCUUUCCUAACCUCAAACUGUGCGUUCAUCUAGUUUUUGGUGCAGUAUGGCCGGCGUCGUUUGUAUACACACGAUCUCAGUGUUCGAAAGGUCCAGGAUUUAUGUGUUGUCCGUCGUGUUCGGUGUGUGGGUGGUGUUCAAACGGUUCCUCAAGUGGAUCUGGAACCCCAAGGCGCUCAACUCCAUGCAACUCAGGGAUAACCCUCCAGCUUGUCUCGUCGAUUCGUCCUUCGGACAACAUAAAUAUGUCAAACUCAAGGGAGUAAAAUUCCACUACGUAGAAUCUGGCCAGAAGGACCAACCGUUGAUCCUGCUCUUGCACGGUUUUCCUGACUGUUGGCUCAGCUGGCGCCACCAAAUCCCAGUCUUAUCCCAACACUUCCGUGUGGUGGCCUUGGAUCUUAAGGGCUUUGGCGACUCGGACAAGCCAAUAUGGAGGAGUAGCUACAAAAUCGAGGUUAUAUUGCAGGAGCUACAGCAGCUUAUCUGUGCUUUGGGUGUGACGAAGUGUACGGUUAUUGGGCAUGAUCUUGGAGCUCUUAUUGGAUGGUUUUUGGUACACCAGUGUCCAGGCUUGGUGACAAAGUUCUUCCCAAUAUCUUGUCCCCAUCCUAACGCUUACUGGCAGAAUCUUACUACUACUCCAAACUACCAGUGGCUAAACUUCGCACAACUUCCAUACUUACCCGAAGUGGAUGCUCUUAAAGAAGACGUCAACAUCAUAGACCAAUAUCACAAACAUCUAGCACCCAAGGACACCUAUUUGGAGGCAUAUAAAUACAGUUUUUCAAGACAAGAAGACUGGACUGGUCCCAUCAAUUACUAUAGACAUCUCCCUUUCGUCAAAAUCAACGAAGAAUGCGACAAGAUCGAGUCAAAAGUGGUACUCAUCACCGGUAACAAAGACAAGCUAGUAAAACUAGAAGGCGUGGUCAAAUCGACAGAAUACUGUGAGCGAUUCUACAUGAAGAUAAUAGAAGGUUGUGAACACUUUCCACACCAAGAAAACCCAGAUGCCUUCAAUAAAGUGUUACUUAAGUAUUUACUUGACAGAAGUUCGAAGUCGGAAAACAUAGAGAAGUCACCUUCGAAGAGGCUGAUGCAGGGACUUUUAGGAGCUGUUAGCAGUACUGUGAAGUACGGAAACUCUGUGAUAGACAAUGUUCAAAAGAAGACCAAUGGGAUGGUCGGAAGUAUACCUACGAUGGGGUUAUCCCUGAACUAUACGCAGAAUACGUAACGUUUUCCUAAGUAAAUGUCUUGUGAAUACUCGUUCCUAAUAGUAAUCUAGGUAAAUGUUGAUGCUAAACAUGUACUAUGACGAAAUAUCAACAAAAAUCGUACAUGCCAAGUACUAUGGUACAAAACAACAGAUCUGAAUAAUCAAGCAUUAGCGGGAAUAAAAUACAACUGCCAAAAUGACUGGUCUAUUUGAAGAAAGUUUCCUUUAUAGAUGCUACAAUGUCAUUAUAUAGGUCUAAUUAGGUUCUACAGUGCUAUAAUUUUAGUAUAAGGGAUGUUAUUUAUUCUUUUGCAUUGUGGUUCAUUUCUGUACAGGUAUCAUAAAAAUUAAAGCUUGGUCAAUUUAUACCCGCUAAACCCUAAUAUUACGAGAAAGAUGAUUCUUAUUUAAACUGCUAAAAACUAACCUGUAUUUUAGGUAAGGAACAUUGAAUACCCUAAAAGCGAGACAUUCAGUAAUCAUUAUACUAUCCAAUUUGUAUAUUAUUAUCUUAUUUUAUUUAUUCGAAUUUUAUUAAACUUUUAAUAUGAUUAUGAUAUUCAUAGGACUCGUAACACUAACAUAAAUAUUUAUUAUGAUAGAAUGAGAAGAAUCUGGGAGAUAAACGUUUGUGCAUUCUUUUUGGAAACAUGCUUAUCAUGUAGUGUAUGUACACAGCUUUUUUCGUACGAAUAUAGUCUGAUUUCCCUUGAAGAUAUUAUAGUUACUGAACAACACCGUGAUUAAAGCAACAUGACAUAAUCAAUAAGAAAUAAAAACAAUGGUACAAAUAAAUACUGACCUUCGAAUAAUUUUUCUGGAUGAAGUAUAAUUUCCGUAACUCGCUUGACUUCCAUUACAUUUUUCCAAAUUUGUGAUAAAUUAGUGUUUAGUGGUGACAACCAACCAAGGUAUUCAAAACUAAAUUAGUAUGUUGCUGAAAAUAUAUGAAAUUGGCGACUCUAGUUCUUUCAUAUGCGAAUGUAGUAGAACAUUAUAACCUCAGUAUUGAAAUACCAUCCCAUGAUUUAUAUAGAGGGCUCCUGAAUCUGUCAAUUUUAUACAUCUUCAGUAACAUACUAAUUUGGUUUUAAAUCCUCUUAAUUGAUGCUCGCCGUCUUUAAUGUAUACAUACUAAUUUCACAGCUUAUAGUCCACGUAAUAUAUGUUUUAAUUUUUUAAUACUUAUGUCACAAACAUCGAUGUAUGUUGUGAUAUUAUGCGCGUCAUUGUUUUUCAAAUCUUCGAAAU